AUGUCAGGUCGCCCACAUCGCAGGCGACGAACUGAGGUUGCCUGUUCGGAAUGCCGAUACAGGAAGCUAAAGGUCACUGACAUCAAUAGUGUGAGGGAACAAGGCCGGUGUGUGCGCGAUGUCAGCAUAGGAGGAGAGAAUGCAAGUAUCAGCAGCCUACAGAGUCUGACAUUCGACGUCCAAAGGCUAAGAGGUCAAGCUGCAGACCGGCAUGACUUAGCUCACCGGAUUGAGAUGCUGGAGGAUAAAGUCAGUCUCAGAACUGGAUCGCAAACACAUUCACCAGGUUCAUCAGUGGUAAAAACAUUGAGCGAAGACACAAGCGUUGAUGAGCUUGCCACACAUGCAUUCUCUGAGACGUCUCUUGGCCAUGUCUACUUUGGGUCUAGUUCAAACUACGCCAUGUUUAGACACAUCUCAAACGCAUUCGCAGAAAGCGCUCUCCUACACCUCACGCUAAGCAGUCAUGCAUCUACGACUCUUCAAAGCUGCAGCCUAUCGGAAGAAAACCCGAAAUCCGCGAGGGAGAAACUAUCAUUGGUAAAGAAAUUCUCAGUAUCUCUGAAAGAUAUACACGCCCUUCCGUCUAGGGAUGACGUACUGUAUCUUAUUGGUCGCUUUUCCACAACAAUCGGUGCCAUUCUUCCAUAUGUCAACUGUGGGACUUUGUUAGACAUCUAUGAGAAAGCUCUUCUUGAAAGACCCCCAAGGUUCCAAAGGGGCUUUUUGGCUCUUCUGAAUGUGGUUUGGGCACAUGCAUCUGCGUCCUUGCAGCUUCCGGGGGCAGAGGUAUUUUACAGUCAUUGCGCAGGUCUUCUCAACCAGCAAGCACUGGAGAGACCAACUUUUGAACUAGUACAGACAUUACUGCUAAAGUCUCUUUACGAGCAGAAUCAUCAGAGGUCUACAUUGAGUUAUACGACCCAUACAAACUGCGUUAGAGCGGCAUUGCAGAUGGGCUUUCAUUGUGCCUCUGUUCGGGAUGCUCAUGGACACACACCUGACAGUCUGCAUCGAAGAUUGUGGUUGGGAAUUGUGUAUAAUGAUAGAUCCUCUAACACAACACUGGACGGCAUAAUCGAAACAUUGUACGAUCAAAAUUUGGACUCGGGCCAUCCUCUCAAUAUACAGACAAUUAUUGACAAGCGUGACAACCUACACUUCCACCUCGAACAAUGGGCCGACAGUCUUCCUGAGUGCAUUUCCCUGCUCCCGAGUGAAGAGUUACUAAAACAAUCAGCGGUCCUAGAUUAUCGCUGGGCCGUACGAGUACUCCUAUGCAUACAAUACCAUAGGUUGAAAUUGACCAUGAACUUCCCUCUACUGAUGAGAAUCUUAGAGCCUGACUCAAUGAAAUUGCUUGGAAACCGUACUCGGGAAACUAUUCAGCGCAGUUGCUCCCAGAUCCUUUGGGAUGACUGGUUGGCAUUACAAGAAGUGCAGGGUUUAAUAUCACACAUUUCCACCCUCCAAGGAUUUAUAGACAUAUAUGCAUCAUGGUAUACAUGCAACUAUACAAUAUUCACAACCAUCCUCCACUGCCUAGCACUAUUCCUCAUCCGCCAGCAAAACACCUUAGAUUCCGAGCCGACGCCAACCCAGAUCCGCCAGGAAAUAGAAGCAUGUCUCUCCACCAUGAGAAAUAUCAGUAGAGGAAGCAUCGUGAACCAGAAGGCGGAUUACUGUAUUCAAAGGUUACUUGUGGUGUUCGACGCCCUGGUCAAUCAGCCACAGGAGGAUACAAGUAACCCGUUAGACACAUUGACUACCGAAUUUAUUUUCCAACAUAUCAAGCUCCCAACAGAGGAAUUUCUUAACCAAUGUAGUCGGCACGAAGAGUCAGAGCAGGCGCAGUUGUUUUUGGAUAUCUUUUCGAGCAUCCCGCUUUGUGAAUGA